AUGGAUGAGUCGAAGAAAGUGGCUAACCCAGAGCUAGAGAAGCCCAAAGAAGAGGGAGAAGAAGAGGAUCCCAAGCCCAAACCCAAAAAUCCCCUUGAUCUUCUUCCUCCAAGCAAGAUUUUAUUGGAUGAGUGGAAAAGACUAUACUCAAACACCAAGACCAACUUCCGCGAGGUUGCAAUCAAAGGAUUUUGGGACAUGUAUGAUCCAGAGGGUUAUUCUCUCUGGUUCUGUGAUUACAAAUACAACGACGAAAACAUUGUUUCCUUUGUGACAUUAAACAAGGUUGGUGGUUUUCUUCAGCAGAUGGAUCUGGCUCGCAAGUAUGCUUUUGGAAACAUGCUUGUAAUUGGAUCACAAACACCAUUUAAGGUGAAAGGGUUGUGGCUUUUGCGUGGGCAAGAGAUUCCACAAUUUGUGAUUGACGAGUGUUAUGAUAUGGAGCUGUACGAAUGGACCAAGGUUGACAUCUAUGACAAAACUCAAAAAGAGCGGGUGAAUCGGAUAAUUGAGGAUUAUGAAGCAUUUGAGGGAGAGCCUCUUCCAGAUGCUACGUGCUUCAACUGA